AUGAACCUCGCCUGCGAGCCCACCUGCGCCGGCCUGGAGAAAUUCGUCAUCUACGAGACGCAGCAGCAUUUGUAUGUGGUGGGCUGCGACCGCCAGCAACUCAAGUACCGCGUCUUGAAAGUCCUGAGAAGAAGUGCGCCCUCUCUCAUAGACUUAGCUCAAGAAGACGCGUCCUCCUACUCGAAGGACGAGUUGCGAGAUGUGCUGGAAAUGGCGCACGAGGGGAACAAACAAGGAGGCGGGUUGCGGCGAGUAGCUACGGGUUACGGCAUACUAGGCUUCGUGCGCUUCUUGGACUGCUACUACUGCGUGUUGAUCACGCAACGGAGAAAGGUCGGUAGAAUUGGAGGUGCCCCGAUCUAUGGCAUCAAGGCCACGGAAUUGAUACCUAUCCGACCCGCAGCAACGAAGUCCGACGAUCGCUCCUUAAUCCGCUCCUUCGUCGCGGAGACGAAUCGCAGAUUGAACCCGACGCAGCGCGAGACCGCGGAGCAGCGCUACGUCAGUCUCUUCCAAUUCGUGGAUCUCUCAAAAGAUUUCUACUUCUCCUACGCGUAUGACCUCACGCAGACGCUGCAGCACGUGAUGCAUGCCCAAGCACCUCUGUCAAGUCAGGACCCGGCUUCCGAUAUACCACCUCUGGAACCAUCGCGACGGAGCAGUUACGCCUGGAACCACAAACUUGUGAAAGAGUUACGAGACGCCCUCGGUUCCUCCGCGGGCCGGUGGUGCGUCACAUUAGUACAUGGCGCAUUCGUGCAGCGGACCUGCGCGCUCUUUGGGAGGAGUCUCGUCGUGACGCUGAUCGCGCGCCGGUCACGACACUUCGCCGGGACGCGAUACCUGAAGCGCGGCGCGUCGGAUACGGGAAACGUGGCAAAUGAUGUGGAGCUCGAGCAGAUCACGCACGCGCCGGGUUAUGGGGCCGGCGGCUUCGCUUCGUAUGUCCAAGUCCGUGGAUCCAUCCCCAUCUUCUGGACGCAGGCGACGAGUGUUACGUUACCGAAGCCUCCGAUCAUUGUGGAUCGCGUCGAUCCUACCUAUACGGCGUCGCAAAAGCAUUUUGCCGAUUUACUGGAGAGAUACGGCGGGCCCUGCAUGGUUUUGGACUUGACGAAGCAUGUGGAGCGGCGCGCCCGAGAGACGGUCGUCAGUGCGGAGUUCCGGAGAGCUAUUGAAUGUGUGAACACGAGUUUACCUUCAGAGACCAAAGUGCGGUACUGUGCUUUAGAUUUCUCGGCGGCUUCUAGAUCGAAGAAACCGACAGUACUGGACGCUCUCAGUGAUGUGGCCGCGUGGACGCUCGACGAGACGCGGUUCUUCCAGUGUCAAGGCACGAAGGUCCAGCUCCAGCGAGGCGUGCUGCGGUCGAAUUGUAUUGAUUGCCUAGACAGAACGAACGUGGCGCAGUUCGCUGUUGGGGCUGUGGCACUCGCGAGAUGUGUUGAUGCGUUAGGAUUUGUCCGAGGCUCGUCCUUAGAACCGGGUUCGCGGUUGUUGCUGGUGCUCAUGGAGCUCUACUCCGCUGUGGGAGAUGCUCUUUCGCUCCAGUAUGGUGGGAGCGAAGCCCACAAGCGCGCGGGCAUAAGACGAGGCGAAUCUGUGACCGUAGUGCCCAAACACCAAGAGUUGCUUACCUCAAUAAGAAGGUACUACUCGAACGCGUUUACCGAUAGAUUGAAGCAGGACGCCAUCAACGUGUUCCUGGGGACGUUUACUCCCUCAGAAGAAGAUAUACCCCUAUGGGACCUCGAUAGUGAUUACUACCUCCACAACGUCAAAGUGCAAGAAGGGUGUCUCCUGACGAUGGCCGUGAAGAAGGAUGCUUGGUUAUCUGAUAGUGAGGAAGAUGAUAAGGGUGAUGUUCGCGCGAGGGUUGUACGAAGAUGCCAUCGGCGCGACGACUUGCUGUCGAAGUGGUGGCGCGACGCGCUCGAAGCCUAUGACGCAUCUUUACAAAGUACUGAAUCGUCGAACUUGGAGGAGGCCUCGAAGCACCGUUUUGAACGAGUGCAUCAACCAUCAAAGCUCACGCAGUUCGACAAAAUACUACAAGCUGAUUCUAGUACGCCCGUGCCGCUCGCGGCGGACUUAGACGCGUCUGGUACGGUGGAGAAGCGCUUCCUGGCGCUUGGUUCGUCAAAUGUGGCGGCUCUGGCGAUUCCCGAGGACGACGACGAUGAAGGGAUAGCUAUCGAGGAAGAGGUAAAAGUACCAGAGACGCCUCCGAAGCUCGACGACGAUCUGCGGGAGCGGGCGUCGCCCGUGUCGCAAAUCGAGGAGGAAUCGGACGAUGACGACCCGUGUCAGAAGGCUGAGCGGUUGGUGCGGGUGCUGUUCGGUGCUACGCCUGUCACGGUGGAAGGUUUGGAGGCGCAGGCGGCGGCCUCGAAGGCGGCGCUGGAUGCGUCCAUCAAGUCUGAUUCUACUUUCGUGGGAAGGCUGCAGUUCGACGUCGAUGCUCGAGGCGAGAGGCAAUAUGGGGAGUACGCUCGCGUAGCCGCGGACCCCGGGUUGCUGGAGCGGCCUUCACGUGGUGAUGUGGACGCCGAGGCGCGGUCGAGACGAGCUGAAAGAGCUCACGAAGACUUCACGGAGGCGUUAAAGGAGCGCGAUUUGACACCGUCGGAUUGCGCCGGGGUGCUCGAAGUCGCGAGGGCGGCGGGCGUGUCCAAGAUACUAGAGAGUGGUAAAUAUGAAGGACUGCCCCAGUCUUGUAGUGCGAGGGACGUCUGCGCCGCGGUGUUGGGCGAGGUCGAGGUCCUCGCCGGGCCUGUGAAAGGCGACCGGCCCAGGGACGACGUGGAUCGAGACGCGUUACGCAAGCGUCUUUCACUAAGACCGUGCGCGUCCCUGAAGACGGACGCGCCGUCACUCGAUGCGCCGGGCGUCGUCCACCAAGUGGAGCAGCGACUCGAAGAGCUAAGGGAGGCCCACGCGUUCUAUGCACGAGCUUUGGAUCCGGAGUUGCUCGCGCGGCAGCGGUCUUCACUGUCGACGGACGCGAGCGUCGCGUUGUACUGUACCCACGCGCGGUCCAAGGACUGGCUGCGGGACGGAGCGCUCGCGCACUGCCUGCGGAGCGAACGGGGCCGCGUGCCGGCGCGACCGCGCAAUCGGCGCGAGGACGCCCUCGACGCGUUCGAUAGAGACGAGGCCUCGGGGCUGUAUCAGCGGCGCGACAACCGGUACAUGCUCUUCAACGAGGCCGGGGCGCGCGCGGCGCUACCAGCUCUGGAGGCGGCGGCGGCGCGGGCUCGGGAGCAGGAGGUGCGCGAGGCGGCGGGGCUGGCGACGGCUUAA